AUGAUGAACAGCAACGGCAACGACGGUUCUGAUAAUAGUCUCACAUAUAUCCUAACGUUUGUGUUUGGUCUUGUAUUCUUGCUUCUUACAAUAGUUGUUGCUUGUGUUCGACUUCGUAUGUCACAAAAUCGAAGCAUGCUCAAUAUUUUGUCUAGUUUUCCACUACAUCAUCAGGAAGACUCAACCGUGGAACAAGGAGUUGGUCGUCAUAGGGACAAAAGUAUUGAAGGACAUACGAAGCUUUUAUACUCUCAAAUUCAGAAGAAUAUAGGUGGCUCUUCAACUUCAAGUUGCUCUAUUUGUUUAGGGGAUUACAAAGAAAGUGACAUGUUGAGGUUGCUUCCUAAUUGUGGUCAUCUUUAUCAUGAUGCUUGUGUUGAUCCAUGGCUUAGGUUGCAUUCCAAUUGUCCCAUCUGUAGAAAAUCAUUGCUAGUUUCAACCUAG